UCAGAAACAUUAUUAGAAAAAUAGUUAAAACUCUGAUUUUCAAGAACUAGAGAAGCAUUAAAAAAAAAAAAAAGAAAAAAAAAAAGAGAAAGCUUUCAAUGGCUGAAGAACAUGAAAAUCACACAUCAACCUCACAAGAUAGCCUCAAGAAACAACCCCAGCUCCCAUCAUUUCAUGGUUCACUGUUAUUGAAUUAUCAGAUGCUCCAAGCCAUGUAUUCUGAUAUGCAGCCAAUCCAGGAAGAGUUGAACCAUGGACCAGGCCUUUAUGCUGUACCUGCUCCCCCUUUUAUGGGACAAUAUGCAGGGUUUCCACCAAACACUCUAAUCCCAUUUACUUACACUGUACCUACUGGACCUAGUACUCAAGAAAAUGGAGCUGUAAGUGAGGAGCAAGGUCAGAUGGGACAGCAGCAGCCUCAGCAGCAACAACAGCUUGGACCUCAACGACAAAUAGUUGUCAGAAGAUUCCAAAUUGCAUUUCAGCUAGAUCUCUUGCUUAUUUUGAAGCUGGCUGCAGUGAUUUUCUUGUUCAAUCAAGAUGGAUCAAGACAGAGGCUGGUUCUGCUUGUUUUUUUAGCUUCACUUGUCUACCUAUAUCAAACUGGAGCUCUUGCACCUUUGGUACGGUGGCUUUCACAAGGAAUGCAGAGGGCAGCUGCACCUCCCCAACCACCCAGGCCAGCUGUCAGGGCAGAUAAUGUACCAGGUGCCGGAAGGCAAGGAAAUGAGAAUGUUGCAGCAGGAGAGGGACAACCUGGAGGUGAGAAUGAGAAUCAACAAGGUAACGACAUAAAUAGGGUAGGCGAGAAUGAGAAUGCAGUGGAACCCGGUGCUGCUGGUGGUGGAAACCGCUGGUGGGGUAUUGCAAAGGAGAUCCAAAUGAUUGUCUUUGGCUUCAUCACUUCUCUUCUUCCUGGUUUUCACAACAUUGAUUAGACUGUACAGAUUAAAUAGCAGAUAGCAAAGAGGGAUGAAGAGAACUUUCCUUGUUUCCAGAAUUUACAGUGGCCUAUACUGUUGCUACCAUGUGUUUUGAGAGGACAUCAAAUGUAUUACUAAUAGAUUGUUUCUCUUCUUUUUGGUCAUAGAUCUAAAUGUUGUUCUUGUUCUUGAUUUGAUUGGCAAGGCUGUGUUUAGUUAAUGGAAAUGGUUGCUUAAUCCUCUA